AUGAUCGCCAGACUUAACUUCAUUGGUAAUGCUAUUGACCUUGGCUCCAUUGAGGUCGACGAGCUUACUGCCUGGAUGUACCCUCAUCCUGCCAAUCCGAGUUCAUUCGAAUACCCUGGCGACCGUCUCCUUCGAUUCCACGAGACCAUCUCCGACCAGGAGAUGUUCAGGCCUAACCCGAAGAACAAGGACUACGAUAAUGACCCAGUCAUCAUGGUCCUGAAGAACGGCAACAGCUCUAACCUCACCAUUGGCCGUCUGAACACCAUCCGUGCCUUCCUUCACGAAUACUUCAAAGGCAAGCCCGGUAAGAUGUCGAAGGAGGUGGGCGUGUUUCCUCGUAACUCGAAAUCUGGCCCGUUCUCUGAGCGUGGAGACUCUGGUUCCAUGGUCAUCGACACCAUCGGCAGGUUAGACUAG